GAUAGCGACAUCAUUGUCAUAAGACAAUGUCGAGCGUCGUGACUCUGACGCCCUCCUACUUUUCCUCCCACUCGACCUCACUGGGAAUCGAUGUUCGUACCGCAUCCACUAUGGACAGCCUAGUCGCCAUUGGUUUUGGACUCGGCCUUCGCUUCGUGGUCAAUUUUUUUGGACGCAACUCGAUAAAAAUUUCCUCGGUCAUUAUAGGAUUAUGGGAAGGCAUCGUCACGCUCCAUUUCAUGCAAAAAUUACCCCAUUCCUACGACCCGUACAUUGCAUAUGGAGUACGCAUGUUUGUGGAUUAUAUAUGGACGGCAAACGUUGUUCGACUGGCGUUGGUUUUGAUAUGGACGGGGAUGGGGAUGGUUUUAGCGGAUAUUGCGCCCGGCAUAUGGUAUCAGACUGGGAUGAAGAGAACUUGGGAUCAGUUCAGGAGGGAUCUUUACUUGAUGUCGAGGUCAAUGCCGAGGGUGGCACUCACGAUGCCCAGUUUCAAGAUAAGACUGUGGUCGACGAAACGACCGCGUACACCGACGGUCCGCUUCUCUCCUCCAAGAACUUCCGAGUCAGCAUCCGUGGUCUCUGACACGAAUUCAGUCGUUUCUGCGUCGACUGCAACCCCAACAGUUAUCACAAACGCAUCCGCUGAGGUACCGCCCCCGACAUCUCAUCGUCGUAUUCCGACGGUCUCGGUCACGUCUCCUACGCCAGCAACAACACUGAAAAAGCCGACGCGUCUUCCGGGCCAUUUUAUCCGUGAUUCUGAAACAGAAACCGACCGUGAUACCACCGUUGGCCGUUACAGACCUUCCCAAACACCCUCCCAAAGUCGCCUCUUACGGGCAGCUCGUGCCAGAGAAAGAGAAAGAGCCCAACAGCAACUACCAACAUCAUCUUCGGCCGAAUCAGAAUCAAAUUUUUCUGUUGAUGGUGCAGGCACCUCUAGUGGAUUCAAUUUCACACACCUACCCCCAGCAGAUGAACUCGACACCGACGAGUUGUAUGGGUCCUCAGAUGACGACGGAUCUUCGUCUACUCCAACAGAAGUGCCAGAUCCCGAUUCUGUUAGAGACAUUACUGAAGAAUUGGAACAGGAACGUAGAAGUGCUACGCCGACGAACCUCUCGAUAUCGCUGCCACCUGCAGAUGCCGAGGUGGAGGCACCUGUCAAGACCCCUUUACCUCCUCCAGAUCAGGUUCCGGAUAUACCGGAUGGAGACGAUGAAGACGGAGGCUGGGAGCAUGUGAAGAAAGAGAAAGAACUGGCACCUCCAGUACCUUCAAAGGACAGAGUUGAAGAGAAAAGAAAAGAGGUACCAUACAAAUACGAGGUAAAGGAAAGAGACGAUGUUUUUUCAAAUGCGCCAUCCGUUGCUGUCUACAAGGCUGCAUCCAGCAAAGGAACGUCGAAAUUCGGAGCAGAUGAUGCCGAAGAAGAAAUCAGGUCAAAACAACAUUCUCGGUCGGUUUCCAGAGCACUUGCAGACGAUGAGGCGGAGGAUGCAACAUCAAAAGUCGCGUCUAUGUCAGCCUCGAAAGCGCCAACAUAUGCGGGUGAUGACCCCCAACCACGCGCAUCGAAAAAAGCGGUAUCCAAGGCGGCAUCUAAAGCACCAACAGAGGCAGAAUCUCAUACACUCUCGAAAGCUCCAUCACGCUCGGUCUCUAAAGCCCCAACACCUGCUCCCGAAGUAGACGAUGCCCAGUCCCAUGCACCGUCCAAAGUAGGCUCGAGGGCAGCGUCGAAAACUCCUUCGGAGGUUCCCACACCAGUCGAACCCGACGCAUCAUCCAAGGUAGCAUCGAAAGCUCGGACAAAUCACGAAUCUCAAUCCCACAUACCCUCUAGAGUGCACUCCCGCACUGCUUCCAGAGCACCGGAAGACGGAACAAUCGAAUCUCAAUCCAGAACACACUCACGAGCGGCCUCUGGGGCAGCCUCGAAAGCACCCACACCUCCUGGAGCAGAAGCAGAUUCUCAAUCUCAGGCACCCACCACUAGAGUUGCAGACGACUCUCAAUCUCAUGUGCAAUCCAAAGUAGCCUCCAGAGCGGCUUCUAAAACACCUUCGAGACUUCCCACACCGGCUCCUGAAGUAGAAGAUUCACAAUCCCGUGCGCCGUCCAAAGUUCAAUCCAAAGCACCCUCACAAGCUGCUUCUAAAGCACCAACACGAGUAGCCACACCCAUCCCUGACGCAGAAGAUUCACAAUCUCGUGUCACGCCCAAAGUUCAAUCCAAAGCACCCUCCCAAGCUGCUUCGAAAGUACCAACGCGAGCAGCCACGCCAGUUCCUGAAGCAGAAGAUUCACAGUUCCGUGCACCGUCCAACGUUGAAUCCAAAGCACCCUCGCAAGCUGUUUCUAAAGCACCGACACGAGCAGCCACGCCUCAAGAACGAGACGAACGCGAACCCAUUUUUGCCCCGCCUUCCAAGACUACCGAAACUGAACCUGAACCCGAACCCGAACCCACCGUACCCGUUCAUAUCGAAUUGGGCUCCACAGCACCCGCUUUCAAAGCUCCUUCGACUGUGCCUUCCGCGUGGGGCAGUCCUUCCGCCUGGGGCGGUGGUGGUGGUCUUGGUGGUUGGGGUUGGGGAAAACAAUCCGUCGUCAAAACCCAAACAGAACCUCCAAAACCCAAGAAAGCCAUGUCCACAUUCUCUUCUGUACUCACUCCAAAUGACUCCAUCUCAAAUAUCGGUAUUACUGCGUCUGAUUCUGAGGAGGAGGAGGAGGAGGAAGUGCAACAGGUACAGGAGGAGACUGGGCAGCAAGGGGAACCGGUACAGGAGGAGAAGAAAGAACAUAAAGAAGGAAACAAGCCAGAGGUACCACCUCUUACCCGAGAACCGUCCCUCACGGGCACACAGGCCAUCGCUAGUGUGUUUGGACUGGGUCCGAUGAGGAAAAACGGUCCUGGGUCGGAUCUGAUCAAUCUUGAGAGCAACGUUGGUAUUCCGACUCGACAGACACAAACACAGCCGCCGAAUAAUACUUCUUCUCGACCUAUACCGAACAUGCCUGACAGGAUCUCGGAGAGGGACGAGGAGAGUGAGGUUCCUGGGACUCGGAGUGGUGUCACUGGUGCGGGUGUUGAAGGUGAGGGUGAAGAUAAAGGUGGUGAAGGGACACGACAAGGGACACCACCACCAUCAUUUUCAACUCUAUAUCCAGACGACUUUACAGUCGUACCUGAUCAACCGGCAGGGGAAGAAGAGGAAGAAGACGUGCAAGUGGACGAGCCACUACCUGAAGGUUCUGGACGUCGCUUGGCUCGCGGUCUUGAACUCAAGGUGCUGAUCAAGCAGAUGCAGAGGGACAUCGACGAGGCUACGAGACAAAUGGAGUCUGCUUUAGAAGACGGACAAGACGGAGCACCUUUAGCAGAGGUGAAGAGAGAGGUUAUCAAGCAACUGGAGAAGGAGAAGAGGAAGUUGGUUAAGAGAAGGGAGAUUGUACUUUUUUCUGUCGCAGGGGAGAAGCCCGAGAAAGUCAGACCCGAGAUUGAGUUCGCCGCAACGGACAAUCCUUUGCCUGCUGUAGACCGAUUGGAUAGGCAAAUUGUGUCACUUUUAGAGAGGGGCGACCAGGAGUUGAACAUUACGUUUCCAAAGGCUCCAACAGGCAAAACUGCCAAGGCGAAAGUGACUGCGAUGAAGGCAGCGGUGCUCGAUCGUCUGAAAGAGCUUGACUUGGAUCACGUUGAGGAUCCAUCAAAUGCGAGACUGGUGAAGGUUACUCUUCCUGUGAAAGGCGAAUUAUGAGUUGUGAC